CAAAUAGGCUGUAAAAGAAGAAGACAAAAGUGAAAAGAGAAGUCGAAACUUUGUUCCAUAACAAAAAAAAAGGGAACAAGGUAAGACGAAAGUUCCAACAUCGCAACCAUGGAUAAAAUGGAACUAAGACAAUGCCCCGCUCAUGAUUCUCCACUAAAAUAUAUAAAAAUUUCAUCAAAAUGCGAUGCGUGCUACGAAGAUCACCAUGACAACAAGCAAGGCUACAAGUGUAAUUUCUGCGAGUUUUAUCUCCAUGAGGAAUGCGUCAACGUCAAAAUUUCUUCUCGUCAUAAACACCCUCUCAAGCUCAUCAAAAGGUAUGACCAAGAGUUAUGUUGUCUUUGCGGAACCGAUAGAAUUCCUCAAAUACUUUAUCAAUGUUCAAAAUGUUCUUUCCGUAUAUGUAUCCCUUGUGCGAGAAAACCUCUGAUCUUUGAACAAACUAAGGCCCAUGAACAUAAACUCCUUCAAGUACCGAUGAAACUCCGCUUCAUUUGUGAUGCAUGUGGGUUGUGUAGUACAGAAUACCCGUGUCUUUGUCUUCAAUGUUGUUUCGUAAUCCAUCGAGCUUGCAUCUUCUUACCACGUGUUAUAAAAAUCAACCGCCAUGACCAUCGUAUUUCUCAUGUUUCUUCUCUUGGCCCUGGGAAGUGGAUUUGUAGGGUAUGUUAUGAGCAUAUUAAUGGAGAGUACGGAGCAUAUUCUUGCUUGGUUUGUUCUUAUGUUUUUCAUUCAAAAUGUGCUACAACAUCUUUAACCAUUUGGGAUAGGAGAGAACUUGAAGGGGUACCCGAAGAAGAUGAAAUAGAAGAAAGCAAACCGUUCAUAGUGAUAGAUCAAAACUUAAUAAAACAUUUUAGCCAUGAACACAAUCUCAAGGCUUCAUUAUCAUCAUUAAGGCUCGAGGAACCAAGAGAACAUUGCUAUGCAUGCACUCUUCCUUUUUAUUCGGAAUUGUGUUACAAAUGUACACAAUGUGAAUUUAUUCUUCAUGAUACAUGCGCUAAUCUCCCUCUCAAGAAAAGACACCAAAUAAGCCCGCAAAUACUUACUUUGUGUGACAAAGGUCAGUUUGGCAUAGGCUUUGCAAACUUGUUUAUUUGUUUUGCUUGUGGACGUUAUUGCACCGGUUUCUCGUAUAUUAAGAAAUAUUUUCACCUUUACAUCACAAUUGAUGUGCGGUGUGCUUCAAUUUCUGAUACAUUUAAACAUGAAAGUCAUCCACAUUGGUUAUUUGUAAUUCUGGUAGACGAGACAGCCGGAACGAAAUGUGAAGGUUGUGACUUGGCUCCUAUGUUUCUUCUACGUUGCAAGGGAAAUGAUGAUUGUGGUGGCUACAAUUUAUGUUUCACAUGCGCUACUUUACCCACAUUGGUAAGACACAGAUAUGAUGAUCACCCUCUCUCCUUAUGCUAUGGUGAGAAAAAUAUGAAUGUGACAUUUUGUUGCGGAAUAUGCGAAGAGGAAGUAUAUUCGAAGAAUUGGUUUUACAAAUGCAAUGAUUGUAGCUCCACUCUUCAUACUAAAUGUGUAAUUAAGAACCUAAUACACUCAAGAAUAGGAGACAGUUUAGUGUUGGGUGACAAGGGGUCAUUUGAUUUGCUUCCCAAUAAUCGUCUCUCUCGGCCGAUUUGCUAUUUAUGUAAGACUCGUUGUAUGGGUGAUUUAGUGUUAAACAAUAAGGCGGAUACAAAUAUAUUCAUAUGCUGUUUUUGUGGCUUUUCUAAGAAUUUUCUUGGGAAGCCCAGAUUCUUACGCGAUUAAAAUUAGAGUAAAAGGUACAUGCCACACGUGUAUUAUGGCAAUUAGUACUGAAAUUAAUUAAAAAGGUAUCAAUGAAUAAAGUGAAAAUUUAAGGAAAAAAAUGUACUUAAAUUAAUUUAUAGAAUUUUUAGCUGCAUUUUAUCAUGUCUAAGUUGUAAUAUAA